GCGUGCGCACUUCUUUCUGUAGGCUCCAGAGGACACGAGCGACCCGGAAGACUUUCCUGCCACACUCCAGAGCCGGUGUGAGGGGCAUCGAUGGCGGAGGCGGCAGCGGAGAGCGGUGGUGGCGGUGACUCCGGGGUUGGCGCGUGCGAACGGGGGGUGGCGCCCAUUAAAGCUCAGUACCGCACGACCAAAGAACAGUUCCACGAAUACCUGGGUGGAGACAAGCAGGAGGGUGCCUGCCAGGAAGUGCCCACAGGAGACCCAGCUGAGCCAGGGGCCAAAAGAAUUCGCCUGGAAGAUGGGCAGGAGAAUGGGAAGACAGAGGUGGCAAUUGAGUCCCGUGAGAGGCAGGUGCCCAAGAGGGCCCGUGGUCAAAACAAAAGCCGGCCCCAUGUGAAGCCAGCACACUACGACAAGGAGAGGCUCUGCCCGUCCCUCCUUCAGGAGCCAGUCAACCCGUGUGCAUUUGGAGACCGUUGCCGCUUCCUGCAUGAUGUGGGGCGCUACCUGGAGACGAAGCCUGCAGACCUGGGCCCCCGCUGCGUGCUCUUCGACACCUUCGGACGGUGCCCCUUUGGUGUGACCUGUCGCUUUGCUGGAGCACACCUGGGGCCCGAGGGGCAGAACCUGGUGCAGGAGGAGGUGGUGGCCCGCAGUGCGCAGCUCCCUUCUGUGCGGAACGGCCUAGACAGGGCCCUGCAGCAGCAGCUGCGGAAGCGCCAAGUGUGCUUUGAGCGGGCUGAGCAGGCUCUGAACCGCCUCACCCAGGGCCCCGUGCCCACUGCUGUCCCCGAGACCACUGUGGCCGCGUCGACCCCAAAGCAGAAUAGCUGCCACGCCCAGCUAGAUACCGUAGGAGGGGCUGGGACCCCGCAGAGCAGCCCUGUGCCCACCUGUGGCCCCUUGACGGACGAGGAUGUGAUCCGGCUGCGGCCUUGUGAGAAGAAGCGGCUGGACAUCAGCGGAAAGCUCUAUCUGGCUCCUUUAACCACGUGUGGAAACCUACCCUUUCGCCGCAUUUGCAAGCGCUUCGGCGCGGAUGUGACCUGUGGUGAGAUGGCCGUGUGCACGAACCUGCUCCAGGGACAGAUGUCUGAGUGGGCUUUGCUCAAGCGCCACCCCUGUGAGGACAUCUUCGGGGUGCAGCUGGAGGGCGCGUUCCCUGACACCAUGACCAAAUGUGCCGAGCUCCUCAACCGCACCAUUGACGUGGACUUUGUGGACAUCAAUGUGGGCUGCCCCAUCGACCUCGUCUACAAGAAGGGUGGUGGCUGUGCACUCAUGAAUCGCUCCGCCAAGUUUCAACAGAUCGUGCGGGGCGUGAAUGAGGUGUUGGACGUACCACUGACCGUGAAGAUGCGCACAGGCGUCCAGGAGCGUGUGAGCCUGGCACACCGACUGCUGCCCGAACUACGGGACUGGGGUGUUGCAUUGGUCACGGUGGGUGUCGGGCAGUGUGGUCACACCUCAGGAUUCCUGUGGCUCCCCCGCUCCCCUGUUCUGUCUCUCUGUCUGGUUUCUUGCUGUCUCUCUGUGUCCCCUCCUGCCCUUCACCUCUUGAUCCCCUCAGCCUAUUACCUCCACCUUCAACCCUCAGUACUGCUCCCCCGCCCCCAGCUCCAUGGCCGCUCCCGGGAACAGCGCUACACCAGGCUGGCCGACUGGCCCUACAUAGAACAGUGUGCCAAGGUGGCCAGCCCUAUGCCCCUGUUUGGAAAUGGGGACAUCCUUUCAUUUGAGGACGCCAACUGUGCCAUGCAGACAGGCGUUGCAGGGAUCAUGGUUGCCCGUGGUGCCUUGCUCAAGCCCUGGCUGUUCACGGAGAUCAAAGAACAGAGGCACUGGGACAUCUCAUCCUCCGAGCGCCUGGACAUCCUGAGGGACUUCACACACUACGGCCUAGAACACUGGGGUUCUGACACACAAGGCGUGGAGCGGACCCGGCGCUUCCUGCUUGAAUGGCUCUCCUUUCUUUGCAGGUAUGUGCCCGUGGGCCUGCUUGAGCGACUCCCACAGAAGAUCAAUGAGAGGCCACCCUACUACUUAGGCCGUGACUACCUGGAGACACUCAUGGCCAGCCAGCAGGCUGCAGACUGGAUUCGCAUCAGUGAGAUGCUGCUUGGACCAGUACCUCCCGGCUUCGUCUUCCUGCCCAAGCACAAGGCCAAUGCCUACAAGUAGCCAAUACAGACAAUAAAUUUUAUUCUUCUAUCA